AUGCUUUACAAGGAAUUCGUUUCAUGUGUGGAUACAGACCUAUGCCUUGAUGCUCAUCCAUUUUACUCAAAUAUUUCAGCUAUUACCACAGAAGAAUCAUCAAGUACGAACAUACUGCCUAUUAUAAUUGGUGUUAUUGUGGCAUUGCUCAUUCUCGCACUCAUCGCCCUGAUAAUCUACUGCUGCUGCAGACGCAGGUGCAAGAAGAAAAAGACUGACGAAGAACAAGCGCUGUCAGACUCCGAGAGUGAAGAUGAAGACCAGAAGAAACAAGAUAGCCGAAGAUCUUCUAAGUCUAGUCAAGACCAAGAUGAAGAAAACAAAUCCAUCGACUCUGGCAUAAGUGAACCACCUGUUACUGGAAGGACUGAUUAUAACAAUGAGUUUGAUGGUGAUACAAAGGACGAGGAAAGAGAAUUGGUAAUAAAUGCUGAGGGUGAUAAGGAAGUUGAAGAUAAAAAUUCGAGACCAUGUUCAGGACAGCGAUCUAGAAUGUCGGAUUUGCCUCCCAGCACGAUACCCCCGGAGGAAGACCAACCUCUCUCACAGAGAGAUGAAGAGGACCACAUAAAUGAAGAUGAUGUAGAAGAUAGAGCGAGUGAAAAGACUGGGGAUCCUGAACAAACGGAAGAUAUUGAAGAUGAAAUAGACCAAAACAAAACUAAUGAGGAAGUUGUAGAAGAGGAUGAUGACGCAGAGCCAGAAGAAGAUGAUGAUGAUAAGCAGGAGGAAGAGGAUGAAGAUGAAGUAGACGGAAAAGAAGAAGCAGGAAAAGAAAGCGAUAAAGAGGAUGUUGAGCAUGAUGAUAAUGAUGAAGAAAAUGAAAAGGAUGUGGAAGAAGAAGAUGGAAUAAUUGUACCUCUUAAAGAUCAGGACAAUCAAGAAGAUAAUGCUGAUUCUGAACAGAAACAAGCUGAAAGCGACAAAGAAGAUCAUAUUGAGUCUGAAACAGAUCAAAAGGGGGACACAGAUCGAGAAAACUCGGAUGAAGAUGACGCCAAAUCUGAGGAUCAUGAACAAACGAAAGAAAUGGAAAACGCGGCAAGUCAAAAGGAAUCGGGUGCCGAAUCUGAAACAAGGAAAGUUAAACAGACAGCUACCUCUGACGACGAUGAAGCUGAAAUUCAACGCCGAUUAAUUGGUGGAAAGAAAGGGAAGGACUACAUUACUAAAGGAGGUCUCACAACAGUGCUAGUUUCUAGAGAAGAAGAGGAACGGAAACGACAAAAAAUAAACAGCAAGAGCAAGAAGCAAAAAAUGAGGAAACUUGCAAAGAAAAAGACAAGAAAGUUUGGUGUCAAGGGUACCAAAGGAGGUGGAAAUCAGAUAGGUUCUGAUGACGACUUUGGAUCGUCAGAUGACGAAAAGCGAAGAAGAGGUCUCAGGGAAGCUCCAUUCUUGAAACAAUACGAGGACAAGAAACAUAUAGAACAUAUAUUAGAAGAGCAACAUUACUGGAGCGAUCCUGAAGCUGAUAAAGAUGCUUUCAGAAUUGAUGACGAAAUGAGCAGUGUAUUCAACAGUGACUUUUCAUCUGAUAGCGAGGAAGAAAUUAUCGGAGCUGACGGUAUUCCAGUACGUGUUAAGAAAUCGAAACACGACAAAAGAAGGAAAAGGGGUGACGAUGACGACAUAAGCAAUGCUGAUUCUGAGUAUUUGAGACUUAAAAUGCUAAAACGUGCUGGAUCUGUCGACAGCAUGAUAUCUGUAGAGGACCCUGAAACAAAAGAUGACAGAAAAUCAAAACGAAAACUCAAUGAACAUGUUAUUAAGACGGAUAAUGAUGAUGAUAUAACUGAAGGCAAAGGAAAAUCAAAGACUAGAGAUAAUGAUGGUAAUAAGCAUGAUAAUAAAGAUGAUAAAGAUGAACAAGAACGCACUGGCGAUAAAUAUAUGAAAUCUGACACUAUUGCAAAUACUAAAUUAUCUUCGAAAAGAACCAAAACUAUUCUUGUCAAGGAACAUUCUGAUAUGACUGAUGAUUCAUUAAACGAGAAAGAUAGAAACCAUAAAAAUAAGAAUAAAAUGGCAUCAAACGGUAAAGAAAAUGAAGGUGAUUUAAGUGAUUUCUGUGAUACUGAUAUAGAUAAGCUAAGUGACAAAGACAGUGGUAUGGACGACGAGGAAGGUGAUAUAGAUGUUCUCUUGACAAAUGAUCAGCAGCAAAUGAUUGUCAACAUGCUAUUCGAUGAAGAUAUGAACUUGAGGCCACAGUUUUAUAGGGAUGAUCAUGGGAGAAUUGUAAGACGCCUAGAUAACACUGUUGUUUAUGAUCCUCAUACUGGAAGAUUUACCUAUAGAAAAAGAUUAGGACAAAUAUUCAAAGUUCCACGGCUUAAAAGGAAUGACAAAGGGCGACCACUUGGGGGCUAUAUUGAUGAUGAAUUUGGACCAAAAGCUGAUCAGAAAAACACUCGAAGAGUCACUAGUAGUGCUAGAAGAUCUCAAAGCGGCAAAAGUGGGAGAUUCUCAGUUAACACAAGGUCACCUUCAGCGGACUUAAAACGAAUAAGAACCGACGGACGAAAUGUCGGGUUUUCUGUACCUGACGAAGACAUUGACACGAUUCCAGACGACGAUCUUGAAUACAACAAAAGGGGACGUAGAGAUAUUGGAUCGGCAUUACGGCGACAACUGAAUAAGAGGUUGUUUAGAAAGAAAAGAAAACACGGGCCUAGAGGCUCACCUGGGGCCUUACCGGAAGUUAAAGUCAGGAAAGCUUGGGGAGAUGAGGACCAUCUCGCUAAUGGAAAACUUGUCAUGACCGGUUCAGGCGGUGUGAGCCAUUUGAACUAUCGAGGUAGUGGCAGAUUUGGUCAGGGAAGUCCAUGGGCACAACGCAAAACGCCGGCCGCUGGAGACGCUGAACAAUGGCAAAUGUAUAGAGAUGGCCUUCAGAGUGACAGAAGAAUUUUAGAAAAUCUUCAAGAUAAAUUAAAUACAGGAGAUGGACCUUUUGCACCAAGAGAAGCAUUUGUUGAAUCCAGUACGGAAGUAAAUGGUGAUCAAGAACAUCAUGGCCAUGAACAUAAUGACGAUUACGACAGAGGACAUUCGUUCUUAAAUGAAGACGGGAAACUUGUAAUACGUGAACGUGGUUGUCCUGAAUUGAAGCAACAAAAAGUACCCUUCUUUACUAUCGUUCGACGACCGGGUGAUUUGGAAUCAAAUGAGCACUUAAAUGGUACAGUGACUGAAACAAGAGAUGUGAAAUCGGCACCUUUACAAGUACAAGAUUAUAACGGUGAACAGAACGAGCAUAGUUCGAAUGAGGGAAGCAGGUACACGUCUGAUAAUAACCUAGGCAACAGAAGCAAUGAUGGACGAUAUAGUCAGAUGACCAGUAUUGAUGAUAAUAGGUUGAGAAGAUUAUUGGAGGAACUGUACAAGGACAAGAAAUAUUUUGAUAGUUAUGUUGAAUCAAAAGAUCCACAAUCGCAGGAGUUUUUACACUCUCAAGGUCUUGCUGAGCACGGACGUGGAUAUCUCCUGAAACGCGCCGAUUACUGGGAAAGGCGCGGGCCUCUCCCUCCUCGUCCACCAAUGACAGCCAUCGGUUUGAAGAUGCAACGCCAGCAAACACUUGCGGCUUCGAGGCAAGCAUCUGAGAUGGGCUAUUCUACCAUGACAGGCACACCUGACAUUUCGAACUCAUGUAUGCCUGGUGUUGUCGAGAGCCCUAGAGAAAAUAGAACGAUUUCUGAAAGAAAUGAAUCCAGAAACACCCAAGAUGAAUCAUUUGCAUGAAGUGACUUUAUUGUAAAAUUAUUGAGUAGUUUAUUAUUGUAGAGUAUCAUGUGUUAUGUAACAAGGCAUGCAGAUAAGGUCAAGUACGAGGUGCAGAUCUUGCAAAUUGUUGAUUUAUGUAUUCGUUCGACAUAUGAUCAAAGUAAAAUGCAAUAACACAGUCUUGCUCGUAACAGAACUCUGAUGAUGUUACAGUUUGGUAUAAAAGACAAUUUGUUUAAUGGUGUUAACAUUUCAUGUUCAAUGUCUGACACAUUGCUGACUUACGUUUGAACUUUGUGCUCUUUUUACAAUAUCUGUGAUAUUUUUUAUUUGCAAAUAUGUGAAAUUACCUAUUAGUAUUUUAUUUAAUUACGUAUUAUCUUCUUGCUUAUUCUUUUGUUAUUCAAUAUUUAUAUUACUGAUUUUUUAAGUUGUUCAGCUUUGAAAAAUAAAACCAUGAUCACUUCUGCUGAGUAUUUCAUUAUU